AUGGAAAGCGAGUUGCGUAUCAAUCCGGAAAUUGGAUUUGUUUGUUGGGAAAGUUCACUGCAAAUGCCACCGCGUUGUGUAUUUUACCGGUUACAUCAUAUACGUGGCGAUCGCCUGCCAUACGCUGUACUGCAGCAUCUCAUUCAUCUACCACAACCCAGUCUUAGCAAAGAACAGCAUUUAACUCAAAAAAUAGGUAUUGUUAAAAAUCGUUUUCAGUGUUUUCUGGUAGCAAAUCGUUUCUAG